AUCAAAUUCCAAUUGUGCCCUUCUCCCUGGUAACCUCAAAAGCAUAGGUCAGCCGGGAAAACCAGAGCUCGAGCACAGCCUUCUCCGCAAUCGACAGCACUUUCCAAUACGAAAAUGGCGUUCGCUCCCCGAAUUCUUGCCAGAUCCGCUCGUCAGGUGUAUUCUGGUCAAAGCGUUCUUCGAUCGGAGUAUUCAAUUCCGGCGCGAUCCUUCGCCAAAGGAGCUGGAAAUGAGCCCACUGGGUUAAAGGGUGAUGAAUUGUUGAAGGGUAUAUUUCUCGAGGUUAAGAAGAAGUUUGAAACAGCAGUGGGGAUUCUCCGAAAGGAGAAGAUCACCAUUGACCCUGACGAUCCGGCUGCUGUGAAUGAGUAUGCAAGAAUCAUGAAGACUGUUAGAGAAAAGGCUGGUCUUUUCUCUGAGUCACAGAGGAUCAAAUACACUAUUGUCACAAAGACCGACAAUAUCCCUGAUGUUCGAUCCUACCUGUUAGCAUUGCAGGACAUAAGGGAGAAGAGGGGCCUUGUUGAUGAACUAGGUGUGGAGUCUAUGAUGAUGGAUGCAGUGGACAGAGUCGAGAAAGAAUUGAAGCAGCCUCUUAUGAGAAACGACGAAAAGGGGGUCAGUCUCCUCAAGGCAGAGUUUGAUAAGAUCAACCAAAAGCUUGGCAUCCGUCGAGAGGAUCUCCCCAAGUAUGAGGAACAGUUGGAACAUAAAAUUGCAAAAGCUCAACUGGAGGAGCUGAAGAAGGAUGCUCUUGAGGCCAUGGAAACUCAGAAGAAGCGGGAAGAGUUCCAGGAUGAAGAAAUGCCUGAAGUGAAGUCAUUAGACAUUCGGAACUUCCUCUAAAUCCGUAAUGUCCAAUCUAUCUCAUUUUCUACUUCCAUUCCGGCUUUUUUUAGUUCCAUUGUCACAUCGUCGCGCCUCUGCUGAUUCUGAAUCUCCUACAUUUGUUUGCGUGGAGCGACGAAAAAAUAAGAAAUCAUAUCGUUUUUAGUUAAUAAGAAUGAUCAUCAUAGGUAGCUAGCGCGCCGCCGUAAUUUUGCCGCUGGCAUAAUACUUUUGAAAAACCUGAGCAUUCGAUGUUGUUUGGAUGAAUUUGUGUUGAAUGAGUUAUAUGCUACUGUGUAUUUUGUA